AUGUGUGUGUCUGGAAAGAUCCCACACGCGCACAGCUCUCGAAAGAGGGUUUCGGCACUGUGUGCACGGCAGGUGGAGACUGCCACAGGAGAAGAGGUGGCCAUUAAGAAAACUAGUCUCCUGCAAGAGAGCAGCAAGGAGCUAUGCGUGAAGGAAAUCCAGGUCAUGCGGGACAAUAAGAACGGCAACCUGGUGAACUAUAUAGACAGCUACCUGGUGCACGAGGAACUCUGGCUCGUGAUGGAAUACAUGGACGGAGGUUCCUUACACGAUGUCAUCAGGGAGACCAGGAUGGCAGAAGGAGAGAUUGCAGUCGUCUCUCGGGAGUGCCUGCAAGGCCUGGAUUUCCUUCACUCCAAGCAAGUGAUCCACCGAGACAUCAAAAGCCACAACAUUCUCCUGAGCUUGGAUGGAUCUGUCAAGUUGGCUGAUUUUGGACUCGCUGCUCAGCUCACGGCUGAGCAGAGCAAACGGAGAUCAGCUGUCGGCACUACUUACUGGAUGGCGCCAGAGAUUUUCACCAGGAAGCCCUAUGGCCCCAAAGUGGACAUCUGGUCCUUUGGCAUCGUGGGCAUCGAGAUGGUGGAAGGAGCGCCUCCUUACCUGAUGAAAACCUCCCGCACGGUUGGACAGCUGAUCAGCACCGGGGGCACCCCGAAGCUGCAGAACCCCAGGCAGCAGUCCCCUUGGCUGCGAGACUUUCUGCGCUGCUGCCUGCAGACAGACGAGGACAGGCGCUGGUGUGCCCAGGAACUUCUGCAGCAUCCGUUUGUAACCUCAGCCAAGCCGACCUCCAGCCUGACGCCUCUGAUCAUGGCAGCACAGCAGUUUAUGGCUGACAGCAGAUACUAGCCCUGGAAGAGGCCAUUGUUGUUUGUUGCAGUUUGUAGCUCGUAGUUUCUAGUUUGUAGUUUCUAGUUUCUGGCAGGUAGUUUGUUUAGAUUGAUAGUCAAAAUAAAUACUUUAAAACCUUCA